UGUCACUUUAAAUGAAUCUACUUAUAGAAUCACACCACUGACAAACAUACAUGUAACUUCAAAGCAGUCACUGUAUACAGUGUAGGUGUGUGGUCCACUCAACAGUAGCUAUAGCUACAGGUUACUUCUCUCCUAUACUGAUCAUGGCUUUGUCACCACUAGCAAGAGCUGACAAGAUAGAUAGAGUCACUCCAGUACUACAAGGGAGCAGUUGUAUAGCAGCUAUUGACUUUGGUACCUCAUCACUAUCAGUAGCAUACACCACUCCAACUGAUGGACAGAUCAAACUAGUACCACUACACAGUACUUAUGAGAGGGUACCUAAUGCUAUACUAAUACUGAAGGACCAGGAACAAUGUAAAGUAAUUGGAGUUGGGUACAAAGCACAGAGCAUUUACAGCACAAAAAAAGAAACUCAGAAUGUCAUUUAUUUUGAGCGAAUAAAGACCUUACUGGAGAGAGAUACAUCAUUGGAUCGUAAUACUCAAGUCCCUUCAUUCACUGGUGGUUCUUAUUAUCUCAUUGAAGUUAUAGCUUUUAUACUAACACACCUCAAAGAGAAGCUACUCACUGAUCAACUGAAGAGAAACUACAAGUCAAGUGAUUUUGAUUGGGUCAUUACUGUUCCUGCUAUAUGGAAAGCAAGAGCAAGAAGAAUGAUGAGAGAAGCUGCUUAUAUGGCUGGUCUCACUUCUGAUGCUCCUGGUAUAACAAGAUUCACUCCAGUUGGUUCUCCUUUACCACGUCCAGAGGAGGUUAAUCCUGAGAAGCUAUCAUUAGCUCUAGAACCAGAAGUAGCUGCUAUAGCUGCACAGCAUCAGUCAGAAGUAUCAGGAACACCUCCAGAAAGAUAUAUGGUAGUUGAUAUAGGAGGAGGUACAGUUGAUAUUACUGUACAUGAUAAGAGUAAUGGGAGAAUUAGUGUAGUACUACCACCAAUGGGGAACACCUGGGGAGGUACUACUGUCAAUGAAGCACUGUCAGAGUUAUUACAAGAAAUAUUAAAAGAUAAAGAUUUCCAGUCUUUCUUAUCUUCAGAGCCAACUCGUGCUAAAGUUGGUCUAAAUAAAUUUUUCUAUGGAGAGUUUGAAGAACAGAAAAAAACAUUUGGUGACACAACUGAGGGUACUACUGAAAUGGUACUAACCUUACCUCCAGCUUUUGUAGGAUUCUAUGGUAAUGAUAAACUAGGUGAAGUAAGGAAGAUGAACAUGCACUAUGAUCCUGGAGAUGGUUCGUUAGAAAUAAACUACAGUCAGUUAGAAGAGAAGGUAUUCAAAUCCACAGUUGAUAAGAUUAUAAAGUGUGUGAGGGGAGCAUUUGAUGAGUUAAAAAAUGGAAUCGAUACAGUUUAUCUGGUAGGAGGGUUUGGAGGGUGUAGGUUUGUUAGUCAAAAGAUAGAAGAAGCUAUUUCUGAGCAUUGUGGCAUGCUUUAUGAUAAUAUAGCGUGUCCUGUACAACCAGAUCUUGCUGUUGUAUCAGGAGCAGUAAUAUGGAGGAAGGAUCCUAACAUAAUCCAAUCACGUGUUGCUGAUGCUACCUGUGGAAUAGGAUGUGGGCUUGCAUUUGACCCAUCAAUACAUGAUGAACACUACAAGUCUGUAAAUGAAGAAGGUGACCAACGUUGUAACAAUGUCUUUGAUGUAUUUGUACUCAAAGGAGAAGAGAUAAAGGAUGAAGAAUAUAAAACUACACUAAUACCUCGUUCUCAAAGCUACACUCAAGUUAGUAUUUCUGUAUACUGCACCUCAGUUGAUGGAGUCCAGUAUGUAGUAGAUAAAAAAGGUAAACUAAAAGUACGUGAGAUUGGCCAGCUAAUACUUGAUGUUCCUAAUCCUGAUAAUGUACCAAGAGAUGAGAGAGAUAUAGACGUGUUUAUUGAUUUCAGUGGUACAGAGAUACAAGCAAGAGCUCAGUAUAGUAUCACUGGAGAAGAAGUGAAAACAGUUUGUGACUUUCUAUCAAAACACGACUAACAACAAUAAUGAAUAGCAAUAGUAGUUUGGAAGGAUUUACUUACUAAUAUAUGCAGUGGUUUUAGUAUUUUAUUAGUUCUCCAAAAUAUUGGAUGCACUUCUUUACAUGCACACAAUGUUUCUACUCUUAU